UAUAUGCAGAUGGUUGACUGGCUGGUGGUGCAUCCAAUGGUCAAAUCAGAUUUAAAUAGAACAAAGUCAAUGAUUCAAGUUCUGUUCUCUUUCUCUUUGAUUUUUUCUGUCUCUACUCUGUAGAAGGUAAAGAGUAAGGAGUGUUCUGUGAGUGAGGAGAGAGUAAGAGAUGGCACUUGAAUCUCGUAUAUGGGGCUCAGUGCCUUUUGCUGCCAUGGUGUUGGUCGAGUGCGCAGAAAUUGGAGUGUCAACGAUAAGUAAAGCAGCCAUGUCAAGAGGGAUGAGCCACUUUGUUUUCAUCGUUUACUAUAAUGCACUCGGUACCGUCCUGCUUUCCCUUAUUUCAUCUUCCAAAGAAACAAGAGAGCUCCUUUGAAUUGCAAACUCAUUUGUAGAUUCUUCCUUCUUGGCUUAAUAGGGAGUUCAGGAAAAAUUUUGUUCUUUGCUGGUGUCAAAUACAGUUCACCUACUCUUUCAGCAGCACUGGCAAAUCUUACCCCCAUCUUCACUUUCUUGCUUGCCGUAGCUUUCAGGAUGGAAAAGCUUGAUUUGAGGCAACCAAGCGGUCAAGCCAAAUCCUUGGGCACCAUAAUAUCGGUGUGUGGGGCACUGAUAGUGACCUUCUACAAGGGCCCUGCUGUUUUGAUGGCUUCCUUACCACAUUCUGGCUUCAAAAAUCAUCAUAUACAUUCAGAGCACUCAGCGUGGGUUUUCGGAGGUCUUCUACUUGCAAUUCAAUGUAUUGUGUCUUCAUCAUGGAAUAUCGCUCAGGCAGCUACGGUCAAGGAUUAUCCAGAAGAAAUGACCAUAGUCUUCUUCUACACCCUCUUUUUGACGAUUCAAUGCUCAGUUAUCUCACUGUUUGUGGAAUGGAAAAAUCCAAGUGCAUGGAAAUUGGAGCUCGGAAUUGAGAUGGUUGCCAUUCUCUAUGCGGCGAUUUUUGUGAGUGUGUUCCGCAUUGGUGUUCAUGUUUGGUGCUUGCACAAGAAGGGGCCUGUUUAUGUAGCCAUGUUCAAGCCAUUGGGAAUUGCUAUUGCAGUGGCAAUGGUUGUUAUUUUCCUCGGUGAUGCUCUUUAUCUUGGCAGUGUGAUCGGAUCUGUUGUAAUUGCGUUCGGAUUUUAUACGGUGAUAUGGGCACAAAUAAAAGAAAAGAAGAUGGUGCCUGAUAAUGAAGUGCAAAGAUUAGAAUCAUCCAUCCAAAGGGCUCCUCUUUUGCCAACCGAUGUCACUGAAGUAUAACUGUAUAAGAGACUUGUAAGUGAAAGUUAGAGUGGUUAUAGUACUAAAAUUUGGUCUGUAUAUAUAGUUUAAUGCCAAAAAUAUUUUGGCAUGACGAGUCAAGUCAAAUUGAAAUUUUACUGCCACAUUGUUUGGGAGGUAAUUUGUUAUGUCAAGAAUGUAAGUGAUAGCUAUAUAUCACAUUGAAGUCUGAUUUUAAGUAGGUUAUAUGUAUUAAGACUUUGCCCAUGGAACAAGUGGAGUAGCAACAGUGCAACAUAUCUUACUCUUAUAAAGUCAACUCUUUAGGAUCA